AUGAAGGCAGACAAAUCAGACAAGAACCCAACGCCAACGACUGAAAGCCGAAAACGCAAAACUGCUGAGAAGCCUGCGGCAGAUUUAUUGGAUACGCAAUCCGACAGAGAGGCAUACAGGCUGAAAUUGACGAAGUGGGCAGACGGUGCUCUUUGCACUGUGCGGAGUUCAAUAUUCUGGAUGAUUCUUCAUGUGUCUGAGAAGGUCCGCUCACCAUUGUCUCACUUUCUGGCUUGGGUGCAGAAAGCUUCCAAUGACCGGAUGAUCCAGCAGCUCGUGACACACAAGGCAGCCGAGUUUCAGCUCGAGUUCGAUCAGCUGCUACAAACGUUCGAUACUUGGUUUGCUGAGACGGUUCAGGAGGCUAGAGCGCACGACGUGCCUCGAGACAUCAUGACUCUGCUGCGCACGCUGAGCUUCAAGCUGUUGGUACAUGCGUCAGGCAGUUUCCACAUGCGUAUUGGGAUGCAUGUGCAAAGGUGGCCCUUCAAGCUUUUUUUGCUGUUGGCCAGUGCUCCUACUGUACGUUGCUCGCGUCGCCAGCGAGUGGCAAAGGAACUUCUCGACACACCAGACGCAGACCUCGAAGCAAACUGUCGGAAGCUCAAGUCCCGCUGCCGAAGCGAGCUUGAGUAUGUGGCGAGCGAAGGCAAGUUCGAUAUGCAAAACCCAGUGCUUUACGGCAUCGUUUCGACGAUGGCAGAAUUGUUGAAAGGCGACACUCAACUUGUCGAGUCGAUAAACUCGAUCAUACGUUUGGUCGGAGAAAGAUGCCCAAGCAUAGAUUUGCAAACAAUGUCAGCAAGGAUCGUUGUCAAAAAGGCGGCCAAGGGUGAGCUUGGCGAAGCAGGUGCAGCCGCCAAGCGAUGGUCCAAUGUGUUGAAGCUUGCCAAACCAUUGUUGUUGGAGCUAACUGCAGCAGGCACCACGUUCCAGUCCAUCUUGAGAGAGGAGGGUCGUUUUGCUCAGCCUACUCGCACCAGCAUGGCUUGCUUGGAUGAUGCGCUUCGAAACACAGACAUCACCAAAGCGUUGCCAGACCUCAAGCAGGACUCGCACAAACGGUGGGCGACUUCGCAAGCGAGGGAUCUGAAGAAAGCUGUGGAUGCAGCGAGACGAGAAUCAAAAAGACUCCAGGCCUACGCCCCGUUGCAGCCGGGAUCGCUUGUGAUUGUUUGCCUGCGGCCUGCCUCCAACCGGGAUCAACGUUUCUGGCUUCUCCAUGUGGGCAGCUAUCGUAGCAUGAUGUUCUUGCGACAACUCAAUGCACGAUCAGAUGGAUCGCUGACGCUCAGCGAAGACACGGAGAUUUUCACUUCAGUGGAGUUGCUCGUGGGGUGGCGGAAUCAGUGCUUCGAUGCACAGGCACCAGAAACGGUCGAAGCAUUGUGCUUCAGUGCUGUGCAUUUGCGUGGCCAAGCUCUCACAUUGCUAGAUUCGAAGGAGACGGUCAACACCGCCGAUUCAUUGGCGUCGCUUUCGCCACUGUCUCUGGAUAAUGCUUUCCUGGGUGAAGCUGCGAUUGCUGCAGUCAUCAAGAAGUCGAAGGACUCGAAGGGGUCCAUCGCAGCGAGCGCCAGCGAUGUUGGACCGGCUGUAGUGGAGGAUAGGCCGGCGGAGACUGCGGAAAUGGAAGGCGGAGCCAAUGAUGAUAUCGGCGACGGCGGCAGCGAUGAGGGCCUGUUGCUAUCUGGUUAUGGAUUCAGCGAUGAUGUUGAGCAGUCAACGUUGCUUGCAAAAGAGAUGGACGAGGAGCUAGGAACUUCUGUGGUGGCUGCAAUGAAUGCUGGCAACAUCAAGAGACAUCAGUCUACUGUGGAUGCAGUGCAAGCUGAUGUGCUCGACGAAGCAGUGGCAAAGGUUCAAGAGAUAUACGGUAAAUCGAACAUUGUCUUGACACCAGAUGAACUCGAGGAGGAGGCGUUGUUGCUUGUUAUUCGUGAACUGAAUGCCGGCAAGACAGGUGCAGAAUCAAGUGAAGCACAACCGAAGAAGGCUGCUAAGACGGCAGUGGCAGACAGCCUCUGGCAAGGUGGUCGAAAGCAGAAAGGCAAGAAAGGGCCAGCAACCGCUAAGGCUGCAAAGAAGGAUCACCAGUGUUUGGAAGAUGACGAGAUGUUCCUGCAACGAUUGCUGGCUGACCAGUGGAAGGAUGACGAUGAUAAUGAAGAUCAACAUGAGGAGGGCAAAAUGGCCAGAGCUGGUGUUCUUGCGGACGCGGCCUCUUCGUCCAGUUCGUUUGCUCCCCCCAGAGCUUAUGAACAGUGGAAGAAAGCGACAACGAAGACAUUGGAAUCGCUGGUUGAUCGACUCAGCCGUUGCAGGCUAGGUAUUGCUCACAAUGACGAGGUUAGCUUCUUGGUGAGUCUGCCUGCUGAACUCCAGCAGGGAAGUAUUCUUGAGGAGGCGGAUGAGCAUGCGGGCGGGGGCAAUUCGCUUGAGUUGGUCUGCGUUCGUUGGACUGAUGCUGGAAACAGGCUUGGGCGUUCUUGCAGGUUGGAUUCGCAGGAUCGAGUGGUUUGGGCUCCUGCAACAAUGUUUGGUGUAGCUGUGAUAUCUGAGCACUGGCCAGCAAACAGGUUUUCAGACCUUAUCCAUGCCACUGGUGCCCAGUCACGCAAAUACAGAGGGUCACUGCGAGAUGGUUUCCCUGAGCCAGUAAAGCGUUUCUUGGCUUUUGCACGGUUGCUGAUGAGAUAUGCCAACGGCGACGAUUCUUGGAUGAGUGUUGGAAGGUUGUUCUGGUAG